AUGAAGUCCACCUUUUUGAUCGCAGCAAUUUGUAUUGGUUUUUCUGUUGGUCGACCUGCUGAAUCAAUGAUUGAAGAGGAAUUCGCAAAAUAUCAAAUGACACCAGAAAAAAUUUCUGACAUUUUGAAAGCUUAUGAACAUUAUAAAGAGUUUAUACCCGAGUCAGUUUACAAUAUUCUGGCUAAUCUGAGUGACGAGACAAAGGCUCAAAUAGCGCAAAUGAUAAAUGAUUAUCAUAGCGGAAAGUUUGAGACGCCGAAGGAUGUCAAUGGACUUUUGUCAAUUAUUAAGAAAGAUUAUCCUCUCAUAUCCCCUGCUGCGACUGGAAUCAAUGACUUCUAUCGUCAGAAACUUGCUUUACUCGGACCAAAAGCUCAAGAACUUUUCAACAAAUGGGAGGCUCAAGGAUACGCUGAUGCGAACCCAGAUAAAAUUCUUUGGGCUUGUCAUUUGUUCAACAAUAUUCCAACUAUUGUAUCAGAGCUUCAAGGCUUACUCCAGGAUUCGGAUGAAGCAGAAAAAAUAGAUGAGCAGUUCCCAGAAUUGCAAAAAUUCUUGCACAGCAAGGAAUACGAGGCUUAUACCAUUGUUGUUAAGCAAAUGAAGACCCUUGAUUGUGAAAAAGAUCGCGAUCAAGUUUUCAAUACAAUUAAACUCUUUGAUAUGCACAAUGUUCUUACCACGAAAGAAUAG